AUGCGUCAAGUAAUGGAAAAGCCGAUAUCAGACCGUGAUACCAAUGGAUUUAUCUAUGCCUAUUCAAUAGUUAAUGGCCCACGAGUGUCAAAAGAUACGCAUGCGUAUUUUAAAAUUGGCAAAACGACAGAUCCUCACAGACGAAUGAAUCAAGUUUCCACCGUUUGUAAACUAGAACCAAAUAUUAUCGAAAUAUUCCCUAGUUUUCCCUUGACAAAAAACAAGAACACUCUGCGGGCAAAUUUGGCAUUGCUGCAUGGCUCUUUGGAA